AUGGUCGAGAACUCUCUAAUGAUUCAAAAAAAUAUUAUACUAGCUAACUUGAAUGCGCAUAAUUCUAUCAUAUUUUGCGAUUCAGUCUCAAGUGAAAGACUCUCUUACAUGUUAGGCGACUGA